AUGACAGGUGAAAAUGACCAAAUGAGCAGGCUGCCUGAAAAUCAGGCUGCUUGGGCACUUGCCCCCAAGUCCAAGCCAUUCGUCGUGAAAGAGGCACCCUACCCUACCCCCGACGCAAAUGAGGUGGUGGUAAAAAACUACGCUGUUGCAGUUAACCCAUGUGACUACAUGCUGCAGGACACCGCAUUCCUGGACUAUAUCACCUAUCCGAAUAUUUUUGGUGUUGACGUCGCGGGUGAAGUGGUAGAAGUCGGCUCGAAUGUCACUGACGUGGCAGUUGGCCAGCGCGUGAUCGGACAUGCUUUUGGAAUGGAUAGCAGUCUCACUCGACAUGCCGGAUUUCAACACUACACGGCUCUGCUCUCGAGCUUAACCUGCCCCUUACCCGCCGAGAUCUCAUUCGCACAAGGCUCUGUUCUUCCUUGCGCACUUUCGACUGCUGCUGCCGGGUUAUACCAAGAAGAAGAUCUUCAUCUUCAAUAUCCCUCUUUGAAUCCCGAGCCGUCUGGUAAGACCCUCCUGGUGUGGGGCGGUGCGUCGAGUGUGGGCAGCUGUGCAAUCCAACUAGCCAAGGCGUCAGGCUACGAGGUUUUGGCAACCGCCAGCCCACAGAACCAUGACCAAUGCCUGCGUCUUGGUGCAUCCAAGGUGUUUGAUUAUCGCAGUGACUCCGUGGUAGAAGACAUCGCCCAAACUCUGGGUGGUACCGAUUUUGUGGGUGUUUUUGAUGCAAUCUCGAAGCGGCAAACGGUACAGAUGUGUGUGAACAUUGUACACACGUUGAAGCAAGAUAAAAAAGUCGUUUUGACAAAUCCAAUUCCAGAUGGAGUGGUGCUUCACAGCAUCGACGCGAAAGCUGUGCUCGCGGGAACUAUAGUGGAGAAUGAUGUCUGUAAAGCUGUGUACCGGGAUUUCCUCCCCGAGGCAUUGGCGAAGAAAAUAUUCCAAGCGACACCGGAGCCUCUGGUGGUGGGCCACGGACUGGGAUCUGUUCAGCUGGCACUGGAUCGAGUGCGCCAAGGCAUGAACGCCCAAAAGGCUGUGGUGACUCUGGGGGAAUCACCAUGA